ACUUCCUUGUUACAGGGGCAUGAACCGGUGUUGAAUGGUACAUUGAGAUCUGAGAUCAGAACCGAAAGUGCUACUUGGAUUCUGGAAGAUAAAAAAACUGUUGUAAUCAACUUCGAGAAGAUGAAUGGAAUGGAAUGGUGGAAUAAACUGGUACAGACUGAUCCAGAGAUAAACACAAAAAAAGUUCAGCCUGAGAACUCAAAACUUUCCGACCUGGAUGGUGAGACUAGACAAAUGGUUGAAAAGAUGAUGUACGACCAACGUCAAAAAGAAUUGGGUUUGCCCACUUCUGAGGAGAAGAAGAAACAGGAUGUCUUGAAGAAGUUUAUGGAACAACAUCCUGAAAUGGAUUUUUCACAAGCGAAGUUCUCGUGA